AGAAAGACGACCCAAACAAAUCAAACCUAAGCAAAUUUCAGCAAUUUAAUUAGGGCAUCAGAAUAAAGUUGCUCCCUUUUCCCAAUACUCUUCCUUUCUUCUCUGCAGUACACUCAAACACUACAGAACCCUAACCGGCAAUUCUCAUUCAAUUCCGGUUCAUCAUUACCCGGGUGACAUUCAAUAAAUUUUUGCAGGUUCACAUGGCCAGCAGAAAACUCGCGAGAGACCUUUUCCUGUCCAAACAUCUUCUCCGUCGUCAGCACUUAUUAGUAUCGCAACAGGUAUCAGGUAAUUGGUCGAGGUUACCACCUUUCCCUCCUAAUGGGUAUUCUUAUAGACGCGAGUUCGGUGUUUUCAAUGAGUUCUCCAAUAAGAUUAAAGGGGAAGUUGACAGGAAUGAGGAUUUUCAAAAAUCAAUCAAGGAGAUCAAAGAAAAGGCCGAAGAAUUGAAAGGAGUAAAAGAAGAUUUGAAAGUUAGGCUGGCAGACACUUCCAUUCGGAGCUCUGAGAUGGUGAAAUGGCGAAAUGCAGAACGAAGCAGACUACUGAGCAGCUGUACAAGCAAGUAGACGGGGUCUGGACAGAGGCGGAAGCAAAGGCAAAGAAGGUCUAUGCGGAUGUGGAAGAGAAGAUAUCUGCUGCUAAAGAGGAGGUGAAAGGAAGCUUCGGUAUUGGAAAACAAGAGGAAACAAUUCAAGAUGACUGUCAAAGCUUGAAUAACAAAGAUCGGAGCAAGUCGUCUUUCGGUGAAGAAAAACAGAAACAGGGGCAGAAAGAACAAGCUGAAUCCAGUGGUGAUGCUGAAACACUAUUCAGCAAGUUUCAGUUUGGGGUUUCUUCCAUUUCUCCAAAGGUUUCCUCAGCAUUCCGCACACUAAAAGAAGCAAAACCGGUGGACUUGGUGAAGAAGGGUUAUGAGAUUGUGAAGGAUGAACUAAAAGGUAACCCCAACAGAAGGAAGCAUCUUGAGUAUGAUGCUUCUACCUCCGCUCCAUCACAAAAUAUCGAGAGAAGUACACGGACGGAUGUUGUCAUGUUACCUUCAAAACAAUCCCCAUGGAGUAAGAAAUGGGAGGCGUUCAAGAACAAGAUGAGAGGGCAUCCUGCAUUCAAGCGCGUCAGUGGGAUUAGUGAGCCUGUAAUUGAAAAGAGUCAGGAGAUUGCCGAAGAUAUGCGGGAGAGAUGGGAGACCAGUGAUCAUCCAGUUGUUCACAAAAUUCAGGAUAUUAGUGAAACUGUUCUUGGAGAAUCAGAUGCUGCCAUGUCAUUUAAAGAAAUAAGGCGCAGGGAUCAAACCUUCUCGUUACCUGAAUUUGUUGCUGAGGUUCAAGAAGUUGUCAAACCAGUUCUCAAUGCUUAUUUGAAAGGGGAUACUGAAGUAUUACAGAAGUAUUGUAGUUCUCAUGUAAUUGAGCGGUGUAAAGCGGAGCACAAAGCUUAUCAAAGCCAAGGAAUAUUUUUUGACCACAAGAUUUUACAUAUAUCAGAAGUUGAAGUUCGAGAGACCAAAAUGAUGGGGGACACGCCCAUAAUUAUUGUGGCUUUCCAGACACAACAAGUUUACUGCAUUCGUGAUAAGCUCGGCUCAGUAACAGAAGGUGGUCAGGACACAAUCCACACCGUGUAUUAUGCUUGGGCUAUGCAGCAAUUGGAUCGAGAAGAAGUUGGAGAAGGAGCCCCUUACUCCAUAUGGAAGCUUAGAGAAAUGCAGCAGCUUGGUGUUCGGGCCCUCAUUUGAUUAUAUUUCUUCCCCCUCAAUUUUAGUCUGUGUUAAGUUAUAGACUCGUCACUUUUGUCUAAUCUUGUUGAGAAAUUUUGCCCCGUUAUCUGGCAAGUCAGAUUUACACCAUUCUUGGUUAUGAAACUUUGAUGAAGAAAGAAUCAAUGAAUAAAAGUACAUCUAUCUAUGUUGCAUAAGCAUUUGGAAUCCGUUUUGUAUUUUAUUUAUAUGUACCCAUAUUUAGAGUUGCUCGAAUAAGCACUUUCUUGAUCAAAUAAUAGUUCAUGUUGUUUUGUAUUGAUAAAUCCAGGUGGAAGAUGACUUGAGCU